CUUGCCUCACUCUGUUCUAACCGGUUGACUGUUUCAGACACGUGCUCGGAGUAGUGAAGUGAAGUGCGUUCGAGAAAAAUUCCUAAAUUUGCCAUCCGGAAGGAAAGCGAAAGGGUAUUCUUCUAGAAAGUGUUCCCCCGUUUGAUUGGUACAACAACGAAGGAGUGGUGGUUUUGUGUGUUUCGUUUCUAGAACCGUCGGGAACGAAUUAAAGCAGCCAAGAUGCCGGAAGCCGCCGCCGAAGUCGAAACCUUCGCGUUUCAGGCUGAGAUCGCUCAGCUGAUGUCGCUGAUCAUCAACACGUUCUACUCGAACAAGGAAAUCUUCCUGCGUGAGUUGAUCUCCAACUCUUCGGAUGCCCUGGACAAGAUCCGCUACGAGUCACUGACCGAUCCCUCCAAACUGGACAGUGGCAAGGAGCUGUACAUCAAGUUGAUCCCGAACAAGGAAGCCGGCACCCUGACCAUCAUCGAUACCGGUAUCGGUAUGACCAAGGCCGAUCUCGUCAACAACCUGGGUACGAUCGCCAAGUCCGGUACCAAGGCGUUCAUGGAAGCCCUGCAGGCCGGAGCUGACAUCAGCAUGAUUGGUCAGUUCGGUGUGGGUUUCUACUCGGCUUAUCUGGUCGCCGAUAGGGUCGUUGUCACUUCCAAGAGCAACGACGAUGAACAGUACUUGUGGGAAUCGUCGGCCGGAGGCUCGUUCACUGUUUGCCUGGACACUGGAGAGCCCCUCGGACGUGGUACCAAGAUCGUUCUGCACAUCAAGGAAGAUCAGCUGGAAUACCUGGAGGAAAGCAAAAUCAAGGCUAUCGUGAACAAGCACUCACAGUUCAUUGGCUACCCUAUCAAACUGCUCGUCGAGAAGGAGCGCGAGAAGGAAGUCAGCGAUGAUGAAGCCGAAGAGGAAAAGAAGGAGGAAGAGGAGAAGAAGGAAGACGAGCCCAAGAUCGAAGACGUUGAAGAUGACGAGGAAAAGAAGGACAAAAAGAAGAAGACCGUCAAGGUCAAGUACACCGAGGACGAAGAACUCAACAAGACCAAGCCCAUCUGGACUCGCAACGCCGACGACAUCUCCCAGGAAGAGUAUGGUGAAUUCUACAAAUCCCUCUCCAACGACUGGGAAGAUCAUUUGGCCGUCAAGCACUUCUCCGUUGAAGGUCAGCUGGACUUCCGUGCACUGCUGUUCGUCCCACGUCGUAUGCCGUUCGAUCUUUUCGAGAACAAGAAGAAGAAGAACAACAUCAAGCUGUACGUCCGUCGUGUCUUCAUCAUGGACAACUGCGAGGAAAUCAUUCCGGACUACCUGAACUUUAUCAAGGGCGUCGUCGAUUCGGAAGAUCUGCCUCUGAACAUCUCCCGUGAAAUGUUGCAGCAGAACAAGAUCCUCAAGGUCAUCCGGAAGAACUUGGUCAAGAAAUGCCUGGAACUGUUCGAGGAAUUGGCCGAGGACAAGGAAACCUACAAGAAGUUCUACGACCAGUUCAGCAAGAACCUGAAGCUCGGCAUCCACGAAGACACCUCCAAUCGCCAGAAGCUCGCCGAUCUGCUCCGCUUCAACACGUCCGCCUCUGGUGAUGAGUACUGCUCCAUCGCCGAGUACGUCAGCCGUAUGAAGGAGAACCAGAAGCACAUCUACUUCAUCACCGGCGAAAGCAUCGAACAGGUCAAGAACUCUGCCUUCGUCGAGCGUGUCAAGAAGCGCGGAUUCGAGGUCGUCUACAUGACCGAAGCCAUCGACGAGUACGUCAUCCAGCAGCUGAAGGAAUACCAAGGCAAACAGCUGGUCUCCGUCACCAAGGAGGGCCUGGAACUGCCAGAGGACGAGGAAGAGAAGAAGAAGCGCGAAGAAGACAAGGCCAAGUUCGAGAACCUGUGCAAGGUCAUGAAGUCCGUUCUGGACAACAAGGUCGAGAAGGUGGUCGUAUCGAACCGUCUGGUCGAUUCCCCGUGCUGUAUCGUCACUUCCCAGUACGGUUGGUCCGCCAACAUGGAACGUAUCAUGAAGGCCCAAGCUCUGCGUGAUUCUUCCGCCAUGGGUUACAUGGCCGGCAAGAAGCACCUGGAAAUCAAUCCGGACCACUCGAUCAUCGAAACCCUCCGACAGCGUGCCGAAGCCGACAAGAACGACAAGGCCGUCAAGGAUCUCGUAAUCCUGCUGUUCGAGACCGCCCUGCUCUCGUCCGGAUUCUCGCUGGAUGAACCCGGAGUGCACGCUUCCCGCAUUUACCGCAUGGUCAAGCUGGGUCUCGGUAUCGACGAAGACGAUGUCCCUAGCUCCGAUGAGCCCGUUGCUGCUGUUGCUGCUGACGGUGCCGCUGGUGAUGCUCCACCACUGGUCGACGAUUCCGAGGAUGCUUCGCACAUGGAGGAGGUCGAUUAAACGACGGGAUCACACACCCACAAUACUUUUGUUGAAAGAGACUGACCUUUUAUUUUCGGUUUUCGCCGUGUUUUAACGGUCUGAUGAGCGGAGGCGUAUGCAUUGGAUCAAAAGCUUUUCGUUUCCUUUUACUAGAAGUACCUACCAUUUUCAGUCGUAGAAGCACUGACAUUGACAUUCUCUUUUGACAAGAGGUGGCCGUAUCUAAGCUAAUCAUAACUAAUGCAUUACAUAGUAAAUGUAGUCUGUAAGUCGGUACCUACUUACGCUUCUUGUAUUUAAACUUAUGGGAUAUUGUUCAAAACAUAGCAUUCUACAUUGCAUACAGAAUAAAAUUAGAUUGGUCAGAA